AUGCUAAUGGGCAUUAUUAAAAAACCCAGCAUCGGGAUGUACUGGUCCAAAAAUCCUGUAUGCAGCACCCCUAUUUACUCCCAGACCAUGAACAGGUCCAGAUAUGAAGCAAUGCUUCGCUUUUUACACUUCAGCGACAAUUCGAAGUGCCCCCCAAGAGAUAAUCCUCAAUACGAUAAUCUCUAUAAGAUUUGCCCCCCUAUUUCCCACUUCAACAGUCAGUUUGACUCAAUGUACACCCCACAAAAAAAUAUUUGUGUAGACGAGUCUCUUAUGAAAUACAAGGGCAGACUGGGGUUUAAACAAUAUAUCCCGGCCAAAAGAUCCCGGUAUGGGAUAAAGUUGUAUAAACUUUGUGAAAGUGCCAGUGGGUAUGUUUACACCUUCCGUGUGUACGAAGGUAAAGACAGCCACUUGGAUCCCCCAGGUUGCCCGGACAUCAUUGGGACGAGUGGAAAAAUCGUAUGGGAUUUAAUUAACCCAUUGCUAAAUAAGGGGUAUCAUUUAUUUAUAGACAAUUACUAUAAUAGCAUCCCGCUUCUUAGGAUGCUUUAUUGCUUUGAAACUGUGGCCUGCGGCACUAUCCGAAAGACACGUGUCGGUUUCCCAAAAGCCCUGGCACAAAAAAAGCUCAAGAGGGGGGAAACGGCUGCUCUCUGCCAGGACGAACUGUUGGCUCUCAAAUUCAAAGAUAAGAAGGAGGUGUUCAUGCUAACAUCUAUGCAUACGGAGCACACUCGAAGAGUCGCAGUUCGUGGCAGACAAGAAACUAGACGGGUGCCAGUCUGCAUUAGGCAGUAUAACAACCACAUGGGGGGAGUUGACCUGUCCGACCAACUGCUGCAACCCUAUUUAAUACUGAGGAAGACCAGGGCAUGGUACAAAAAGCUUGGCAUUUACCUUAUGCAAAUGGCGACUCGCAAUGCCUUUAUUCUGUACAAAAAGGCAAAUGCUGACCUUAAAUCCACAUUUCUGGAUUUCCAGUUUCAGCUUAUUUCUGGGCUGCUCACUGAGUGCCACAGUGGGGAACCAUCAGCUGGGCCUAGCAGCAGAAAGGUUGAGACAGGUCACUUCUGUUUCCGGAUACCACCAACCCCCAAAAAGAAGACACCCCAGAAAAGGUGCAGGUUGUGCUACCAGAGGGGCGUAAGGACGGAAACCAGCUUUUAUUGCCCUGAUUGCCCCUCUCAGCCCGGCCUUUGCAUUGGCAACUGUUUUAAAGAGUUUCACACCCAGGGAGAAUAA